CUUUGUCACUUAUUUUUUAUUAGGUAAUGACUUCAAACCCUGAACAUGCAUCAUUAGAGACAACAAUUCUUGAUGCACUCCAUAUGAUGCAUGAUGGGAAGUUCUUACAUCUUCCAGUGGUGGACAAAGACGGCAACAUUGCUGCUUGUUUGGAUGUUUUGCAAAUAACAACUGCUGCAAUUUCUCUGGUUGAAAGUAGCUCUGGAACUGUAAAUGAUAUGGCAAACUCAAUUAUGCAAAAAUUUUGGGACUCAGCUUUAGCGCUAGAGCCACCAGAUGAUUAUGACACUCAGAGUGAAGUUUCCGGGAUAAUGAAUUCAGAUGGAGCAGAUACUGCAAAGUCUACAUACCAAACUGUAGGUCAUGGAAAUUCAUUUACUUUUAAAUUUGAGGAUCCUAAUGGUCGAGUGCAUCGAGUCACCUGUGGAGCGGAAAAUCUAGAUGAGCUUGUAUCUGCUAUCAUGGAAAGGGUCAGUAAUAAUGACAGAUCACGCCCCGUAAUUUUGUAUGAUGACGAUGAAGGUGAUAAAAUUGUUAUUGCAAACGAUAGUGAUCUCGUUUCUGCUGUCAGCUAUGCUCGAUCUGCAGGACUGAAGGCCUUGAAGUUGGAUUUGGAGUUUACAGAUUCAGCUAAACCCGUGACACCACAGUCUGCAAUAGCCAUGACCACAACCACAGCUACGAGACGGAAAACAGAAGGCGGCAUGUUGUCCAUUCGCUCGAGUAUUUUUGCAGGUGCUGUUGUUCUAACGAGCAUUGGCGUGGUGGCUUACUUGAAGCGCUCAAAUCAGUGAUUUCUUCACCAGUUGGAAAACACAACAGGCAGUAAAAAUCAUACUGUAUAAACUCCUUAGCUUUAUUGUCACUUAAAUCUUCAUUCAUUGCAGCAAGGUGAUGUGAAAGUUCUCCUUUACUAUAUUUUGUAGUUGUUUUAGCCAAUGUCUUGUGAGGGUUGUUUGGUUUUGCAUAUAUUUUUAAGAGAUAUGUUACGUGUACGUAUUAAGUGUCAGACAUUGUGUCGACUCAUUUCUCGUAGAUGGGAUGUGAGACGGCACGACGUUUAACACGUAAUACGUUACAUGGAACACUUUUCUAUUUCUGACUCCAAUGUAAUUGUUAGUUACCUGUUACCACUUCUGCUUGCAAGUGAAAAUAUGUAAAGAUAAAACCGUGGCAUGAAUACUCAAAUGUCAUAGUAUUCAACACUUGCAAUUCCUGAAAUAUGUGAACUAACAUCAUUGAGGAUUAUAAUUAUCCUCCAAGUUUUGUGAUCGGUGUAUUACCAUGUAAUGUAGGCAGAGUUUUUCGUUCA